AUGAACGCACAAAGCAGUACGCACCCAGUAAAGGACGGAAAGAAAGAAGAAAUACUAGAAAUAGAAAGAACCAUGCAGGCUCUGUGGAAGGAAAGAAAGGAGUAUGAAAUGGAUGCAAAUCCAGGACAGAAGAAGUAUCUUACCACCUUCCCAUACGCAUACAUGAAUGGCAAGUUGCAUCUAGGGCACAUGUUUAGUUUCAGCAAGGCGGACUUUGCAGCCAGAUACAAAAGAGUCACAGGAUACAAUUCACUGUUUCCAUAUGCAUUCCACUGCACAGGUAUGCCCAUCAAGGCAGCUGCAGAUAAGCUAAAAGACGAGCUCACUGGAGUAAGAAAGACAGGGCAGGCAGAUAUUUUGCGGUCAAUGGACAUUGAAGAAGAAGAGAUUGAGAAAUUUGCAGAUGCAGAGCAUUGGCUGAGGUACUUCCCAGAAAAGGCACAGCAAACACUUGAGAGGUUUGGGGCUUCUGUUGACUGGAGGCGCUGCUUCAUAACCACAGAUAUCAACUGGUUCUACGAUUCAUUCAUACGCUGGCAGUUUGAAAAGCUGAAGAAGCAGAACAGAAUAUCCUUUGGGAAAAGAUACACUAUUUACUGUCCAAAGGACAACCAGCCAUGCAUGGACCACGAUAGACAGUCUGGAGAAGGUGUUCUACCGCAAGAGUACCAGCUGCUGAAGGUUCCUUUCAUGCAAGAGGAAAAGAAGUACACCCUUUUAGUAGUUCAGAAAGAGAAUGCAGCAGCACCAUAUAAGUGCGUAGUAAGCACAGGUGUCACAUACAAUAUCUUGGACAUGCAAGGGGAACUUCUAAUUGCAGCUCCAUCUACUCUGCCAAAUCUCCAGGCGCAGCACUACAGUGUAAAAGUAGUAGGCACAAUUGAAGGAACAUCACUUGUUGGGGGAACCAUUCAGUGCAGCGGAGAAGAAGUAGUCAUUGAAGGAACUGCAGCAGUAACCCUGCCAGCAUCAAAGAUUAUUCUCUCAUCAGCCAGCAAGGUAGAGGAGAAGAAGGAAAACAAAAAGGAGCAACAGACAGAAUAUCCCACUCUACAGUACUACGAGCCGCUUUCAAAGGUAAUUAGCAGAUCAGGUGCAGAGUGCAUCGUAGCCCUUGUGGACCAGUGGCACAUAAACUACGGAGAAGACUCCUGGAAGGCACUCGCACAGGAGUGUCUGGACGAGAUGACACUCACCAAAGAAACACGAGAGGCAAUGAAUUGCGGCUUGGAUUGGCUGUCUAAAUGGGCAUGCAGCAGGAGCUACGGUCUGGGAACACGCAUUCCGUGGGAUACGCAGUAUGUCAUUGACUCACUGAGUGAUUCUACAAUAUAUAUGGCAUUCUACACUGUGAAGCAUCUUCUGUCAGAAGACAUUUUUGGAGAAGUUCCUCUUCUGGACAAGUCCCUGAUUGAUUACAACUUCUGGGAGGCAGUCUUUGGGGAAGAGAACCAGAAGACAGAAAUCUCCACUCACCCAGUGGUUCUUAAACUGCGCAAAGAAUUUGCGUAUUUCUAUCCAGUAGACUUGAGAACAUCCGCAAAGGAUCUAACAAACAACCAUCUUCUGUUCUUCGUGUACAACCAUGUUUCUCUCUUCAGGAAAGAGCUGUGGCCCCAGAGAAUAUUCACUAAUGGCCAUGUCCUUCUGGAUGGAGAGAAGAUGAGUAAAAGUAUAGGGAAUUUCCUUACAGGAGACCAAGCAAUAGAUAAGUUUGGGGCAGAUGCUGUGAGGCUUACUCUAGCCUCAGGAGGAGACACAGGACAGGACAGUAACUUCUCUCAGCAGGCAUGCAAUGCCUCUGUUCUUCGCAUCCACAAGAUAUACAAGCAGCUUUCUCCAAUUUUCAGUGGCUGCAGGUUUGCAUCCCUUGAGGCAGAGAUAGAAUCACUUGAGCUGCAGCUAAAGAAAGAGCUUUCAUCUAAGUUUACACUAGACUCUCUUAUGCUAAACAAGGUUCUCUCCAUAAAGAACCAGACAAUUGACGCGUAUGAAAAUCUGUUCUUCAGAGAAGGUGUCAUGCACGGGUUCUAUACACUUGAGCCACUCAUUGAGCACCAUUCAAAGGCAUCUGACAACCACACGCUCAUAAAGUACGCAUGGCUGGUAUUCCUGGCUUUGAACUACCCGAUCAUCCCGCAUACAACAGAAUACAUCCUGAAGGACGCAACGGAAAAGCCAUUUGGCACAGGAGAGAUUCUUAAGAAGUCAGAGGUAUCACAGAGUAUUGUGGAUAUGGGGCUGUGGAUUGAUAAAGUAGUCGCACACACCAAGAAGGCCAUGGCUAGGUACAGAAAGAAAGGACAGCGCAUAUCCCACAUAGAACUUGCCUUUUUGAAGGAAAUUCUUCCAUGGCACGCAAAGGCAGACACCUUGAAGAGCACUCAGGAGAUUAAGGACACGGAUUGGAAGGCGUACGGUGUGUCUCUUUCUGAUGCCCUGCAGUAUGCAUCUGCAAAGCCAAAGAUACUGCCAGGCAGAAUAGAGGCCCUCACUCUUCUGCACAAAAGAAUAGCACAGGAGCUAGAGCUCACACAGGUUGACUUCGUAGAGGACACGCGCGGUGGGCUUGAUCUUCCCACUGUAAGAAUUCUGAAAUAA